GAUAUGUGUAGCAGAACUAGCAGAAGUGGAUGACGACGAUCCCAGUCCCAGGAUUCGUUUACUCGUUCAUCCUCACGUUUAUUACAUUGUUCACCAUCAUUCCACUUCGAUCUCCGUGUUUUAUGUUAAACAAUUUGAUGUCGGUGGUCGGCGCUGGAGUACGAGCGAUUCGGGACAAUUCGGGGCUCGAGUUGGAGCGAGUGCGAGGAAUACGGGAGUUUCGUUCGAUCCCGUCCAUUGUUUUGUAAUUGGAGAAAAAACUUUGCGGCGGUUUACGCUCGUCGCUCGUCCGAUGCGUCGAUCACGACGGUGAAAAUCCGAGGUCGACGACCAAGACGAGGAUAACCCAACGCCGAUCCUAGGCUGCAACAAUUCGCACGGGCACGUAAAAGCGAUUGACAACGGCUGCUCUUUUCAGUGAGGAAUCGCGAUCAGUUCGACUCCACGUCAUACGAUGGCCGAGUCCAGUGACUUGGAUCGGCAGAUCGAGCAACUGAAGAAGUGCGAGAUUAUCAAGGAGGCUGAGGUUAAAGCACUGUGCGCGAAGGCGCGAGAAAUCUUGAUUGAGGAGAGCAAUGUGCAGCGUGUUGACUCACCUGUGACAGUUUGUGGAGAUAUCCAUGGACAAUUUUAUGAUUUGAAAGAAUUGUUUAAAGUAGGCGGAGAUGUGCCAGAAACAAAUUAUCUUUUUAUGGGAGAUUUUGUAGACCGAGGUUUUUAUAGCGUUGAAACGUUUCUACUUCUACUUGCACUGAAGGUACGUUAUCCUGACAGAAUUACAUUGAUACGAGGGAAUCAUGAAUCACGGCAAAUAACGCAAGUUUAUGGCUUUUAUGACGAGUGCUUACGCAAAUACGGCAGUAUAACUGUAUGGCGAUAUUGCACAGAGAUAUUUGACUAUUUAUCAUUGUCUGCUAUUAUUGAUGGCAAGAUUUUUUGUGUUCACGGUGGAUUAUCACCCAGUAUUCAAACAUUAGAUCAAAUCCGGACUAUCGACAGAAAACAAGAAGUUCCUCACGAUGGGCCAAUGUGUGAUUUGCUAUGGUCAGAUCCCGAAGAUACCCAAGGUUGGGGCGUGUCCCCGCGCGGCGCCGGUUACCUCUUUGGUAGCGAUGUGGUAGCACAAUUCAAUUCCGCUAACGAUAUCGACAUGAUAUGCCGUGCUCAUCAGUUAGUAAUGGAGGGCUACAAAUGGCACUUUAACGAGACUGUAUUGACCGUCUGGUCUGCGCCAAAUUAUUGUUACAGAUGUGGCAAUGUAGCCGCGAUACUAGAGCUAAACGAGCAUCUGCAGAGAGAUUUUACGAUAUUUGAAGCGGCACCACAGGAAAGUCGUGGAAUACCCAGCAAGAAGCCACAAGCAGAUUACUUUUUAUAAACGAGCCGUUAUAGAGUACAAAAGAAACCAUCAGGAUCGUGUCAGAUUGACUUGGGGAAUUUACUUUUCCUUCUUCUCUCUCUCUCUCUCUCUCUCUCUCUCUCUCUCUCUCUCUCUCUCACAGAUCAGUUUAUGUUGAUUGUGAAGAGAAGUAACUAAAGAUGAGCGACUGAUUGUGAAGAUUUGCUAUUACUUUUUAUGGUGGCAUGAUUUCCGUGAUUACAUUGAAUCGUUUAUCACACAUUUGGAUGAACCUGCGAUCAGUAUGCUUGUAAGGAACUGAUGUAAAAUAAAAUAAAAUUUGCCUCUCCGAUUUAA